UUGGCUGGUGAAGCCAACAACCAGAGUAGAGGAGAAGAAGAAAACCCGAAAACAGUGAAAUGUGUACAAGACAGGACCCUAACGGGACUCACAAAAAUGGCGGUGGCCCAUCCACUGCUCUAGCUUACCUCGACCCUAAAUACUGGGAUGAACGAUUUUCUACUGAGGAGCAUUACGAGUGGCUCAAGGACUACUCUCAUUUCCGGCACCUCAUUCAAUCCCAUAUCACUCCCAAUUCUUCUGUCUUGGAGCUGGGGUGUGGAAAUUCACAGUUGUGUGAAGAGUUGUAUAAAGAUGGGGUUACUAAUAUAACAUGCAUUGAUCUGUCCGCUGUUGCAGUGGAGAACAUGCAGAAGAAGUUACUGUCUAAAGGUUUUAAAGAAAUAAAAGUUCUGGAAGCUGACAUGCUAGACCUGCCUUUUAGCAACGAGUGUUUUGAUGUUGUUAUUGAGAAAGGAACCAUGGAGGUACUGUUUGUUGAUAGUGGUGACCCAUGGAAUCCACGGCCUGCAACCGUAACCAAGGUCAUAAAGAUGCUUGAGGGUGUACAUAGGGUUUUAAAACCAGAUGGCAUUUACAUCUCAAUUUCCUUUGGCCAGCCACAUUUCAGGCGCCCUUUCUUUGAGGCUCCACAAUUUACCUGGUCUGUGGAGUGGAGUACCUUUGGUGAUGGAUUUCACUAUUUUUUCUAUACAUUGAAGAAGGGAAGAAGAUCAUUGGAUGAUAAAGGAUCUAGUAAAGAGAAGUUAGAGAUCCCAUCUAUUUGUCUUUUUCAAGAUGAAUUAGAGGGUGAGGAUUAUCUUUUUCGAACCAACAUUGAUGAGCUCAAUUGUUAGAACUUAGAACUGAUUGUACCUUGUAUUCAUCAUUUUCCUGGUGUAAUGUUCAUUUGGUUGUAUUGAAGCAGAGUUCAAACAUUUUUAUUUAACAUUUUUAACCUGUAAUACCCAGAAAUGUUUGAAUGAAA